UGCGCGCAGCUGAAGCCGCAGCCCUGGGAAAGGCAGGCGAGGAGCGAACGCGGCAGCAGAAACGCCUCCCAGCUUAGACCGGCUCCGGCUCCACCUCCAGCGCUGCCGUUCGCUCGCUCGCUCCCAGUCGCCGCGGCCUUGGCGCUUUCAGAAGUAAAGGGAGGCGGGUUUUUCCUCGUUCCGUCUGUCUGCGCUGAAGCAGCUUCCUGGUCACCUGAGAACUAUAAGGAAGGAGGCCGGCGGCUCGACUGGUUUCGGUGUUCGCCAUGGCUUCGCUUUUCAAGAAGAAGACGGUGGACGAUAUAAUUAAAGAACAAAAUAAGGAGUUAAGAGGUACGCAGAGGGCUAUAGGAAGAGAUCGAGCAGCUUUGGAGAGACAAGAAAAGCAACUGGAAUUGGAAAUAAAGAAAAUGGCUAAAACAGGAAACAAGGAAGCCUGUAAGGUUCUAGCAAAACAACUUGUGCAGUUGAGAAAACAGAAAACUCGAACCUAUGCUGUUAGUUCAAAAGUUACAUCCAUGUCAACUCAGACAAAGCUGAUGAAUUCCCAGAUGAAGAUGGCAGGAGCAAUGUCAACAACAGCAAAGACAAUGCUGGCUGUCAAUAAAAAGAUGGAUCCACAGAAGACACUGCAAACUAUGCAGAAUUUCCAGAAAGAAAACAUGAAAAUGGAAAUGACAGAAGAAAUGAUCAACGAUACCCUAGAUGAUAUCUUCAAUGAUUCUGAUGAAGAACAAGAAAGCCAGGAUAUUGUUAACCAAGUUCUUGAUGAAAUUGGAAUUGAAAUAUCUGGAAAGAUGGCAAAGGCUCCUUCAGCUGCGAUAGGCAUGCCGUCUGCAUCUACAUCAAAAAAUGCUACAAUUUCAGAUGAAGAGAUUGAGCGGCAGCUUAAAGCUUUAGGAGUAGAUUAGCUUUAUGCUAAUAUGAAGCCUGACUUCUAUAGCUGCUCCAACUUUGGCAUAUGCACAAACCUCCAAUACAGGUUUCAAUAAAAAACCAGAUUUCAUCGCAAA